GCAGGGAGCUGAUCUGGAGUGCAGGGGCUGGAUCUGCAAAGACUUAGGUGCCUCAAUCCAAAAUGUAGGUGCUCAAAACCCCUGCUCAGCUGCUGCGUAAUGUUGUUAGUACCUAAGUUUCCCCUGGCGGGCGUACUUGAAUGCUCGUUGGGGCAGCGAGAGAUUGUGAGUGACUGUAGCCCAGUGGUGAAGAAACUCACCCCGGAGACGUGAGUCCUCAGGCAGAACACAUGCUCGGGUUCUGGUCCCCGUUCUUCUGUGAUGUUUGAGACCAUAGGAAUCGGACUUCUCUUGCUGGUUACAUGUGGCUCAUGUGAGGAUACGGCAGCUGAUGACAUAGGAGUGCACAUGAUGGGCCGCAUAUCUGAGCUCCUUUCCCCGGAGGAAUGUCAUGAGUUCUACACUCAGAUCACCGGCCCUGAGGAGAAUAUAGAGGAGGAGCUGGAGCGACUCUCCGAAGUGAAGAACCCAAUCCUCUCCCGCCACCGGCGAGACAUCGUCAGCACAGAACAGUGCAAAGAUGUCCUGACCCAGUGGCUCGAGGCAGAAGGAGAUGCAGUGUACUGGGACCGUCUCUCCCGAGCCCUCCGCCAGAUUGGGCGCCCUGACAUCUCCCAGGAGCUGGGCAAGAACUUGAACCAGGACAAGAACCUCGAGUUGAAGAGGAACGUGGAAGAAUAUCACAAGCGGGUGGAACAUCUGACCUCCUCGCUCCUGCUGGAGGAGGAUGAGAAAUAUGGAGAGACGAACCAGCACAGCAGAGCUCGGCGAGCUGGUGGGAAAUCCCGCAGGGAGAGUGGAUUGAUGCAGAAAGGCUGGGAUGACAUCGACCUCAUCAUCGAAAGGAAACCACUCCCUCCGUACAACAGGAGCCUCUUUGAAUGGAUCAAUCCGGUGGCUUCUGGCUUCAUCGGAGGGUUUUUAAUCUCUUUUGUCCUCAUGGCUCUUGCUAUUUACUCCUUCCUCUGGACCCUGAACCGAGACACCCUGGAGAUGUCUCAUCAUAACCCAGGGCCCCGGCCUGAGCGUGCGGCUCACAACCCCUUGUUCGAGUAUGACCUCAACUAUGCCUUGAUUUUAGAUGAAGACUUAAGGGACAGUGUGGAUGGGGAUGCUUCCGACGACACCAGCUUUGAAGGGGAGCCGUAAUUUGAACCUGAAACUUUUCCAUCUACAGCCCCAUGAGGCGCAGCCAAUA